AUUAGAUGUUUAAUUUGCCUCUAAUCUAAUUACCGGGAGAUAUUUCCAUUUUGGAUGAUUUUGAAGUCUGAUCAUUCUUCACGGGAGGAUAUUUUCCCACUUUUUUCCCAAUAAAAUCUCCGAAUUGCUCUGAAAAUAUCUUCUAAAUCUAGAGAAAGUUCUAUAGAUUAGUGACACUACCACCGACGACCAACGAUGACCGCCGUCGCCGUCGCAGAGGAGAACGACGUUCUGGACACGCCGUUACUGGAUGCGGAGCGGGCCAAUCUGCUGCACCGUAUCACGGAAGAAGGCGGCUACGCUUACGCGAGAAUGGAAGCGCAAGCGGCCGGAGGCGAUCCUAAGGCGGCGGAGGCGGCGAGGGAGAUGGCCUGGGAGCAGCUGCAUUCCGGUCCGUGGCAUUCGGUUGUCCCCGUCUGGAGGGACGCGUACUCCUUAGCGUGUCUUCACGUGGCCAGGCUCCAUUACGCCGCCGGCGAGUUCCGCCAGGCGAUUCGAGCUCUAGACAUGGGCAUCAUCAUGGGCGGAUUGACCCUCCGAGACGACUUAAAUCUCGCAAUACGAAAGGCCACUAGAAAAGCCAGCAGUUCUCCAGAAGCUUCUCCAGCAAAUGAUCAAUUGGAACAAUCGCAUAGAAUAGCUUCUCGAGAUCUUAGCAUAGAAGAGGUGAGGAUACUACCCAGUAUAUCUGUAAGUGAUGUAAGUGGAGAACAGCCUGAACAGGCUUAAAGAUGUCAGAAAAACUAUCCAGUGCUGUGAGUCAAUCUUGAUAGUGAGUUUUCAUGUUGGAUCCUUUUCAUCUAACUCAAAUAUGUGAAAUUGACUUGAUCCUAACUAAACACUCCGUGUGUCCCAAAUGGUUGUCUGCUUCAUACAACACCAAGGCUUGAUUGUAGUAAUUUUCAGCUUUAUUUUUGUACUAAAUUUUAAUUAACUGAAUUAAGUUUGGGUAUUUAA